UUCUGCUCCUUUUCACCCUGAUCCUGACAUCCGUCACCUAGGGGAGGGGUAGCAUCGCGGGUUACGCGCGAGUAUUUCCUAGGUAUGUGCGGGAACGAGGAUUACUCUUGUCGUUUAUCCGAGUGGCAAUUCUCUUCGUCGUUUCCUGUCGAGUGGGAGAGAGAUAGAAAGAAACAGUACCUCGAACGCGUGUUUAUUGUCCCCUCCUCCUUCCCUCUCAGUCUUAUUUUUAGCUCCGCUUAUGUAAAUGACGCAGUAGCAGUCAUCUCAUUUGUUGGCGGGAAGUUUAAAUGAUUCGUGUUCGGCUAAUCGAAAGCUCCUUCAAUUCAAAGGUUUUGUUGUGUCAUUUGUGUCGUUCAAAUGUGUACUUGUGAAUCAAUAGCUCGCGAGGUAGUCGGGCUAUGGAAAGUAUGGUCGAAGAAAAUGGAUCAACCGUCGAUCCGUUGUCUGUGCAGGGCUCCCAGAGCGACGCAGCACCAGCAAUUGCAACCUCGGUGCAAUCAGUCAUACAACCCAAUCAACAGUCCGUGAUACAGACCGCCACAAACAUACAACCCGUCGCAAUCUCCAAAGGAAACGUUAUUCUGGUUAGCAAACCCAACUCCGUUAUACAAACUGCACAAGGCAGUUUACAGACGCUUCAAGUGGUGGAAACUGGUAGUGACGAUAGUUUCUCAGACGAAGAUUCACCCAAGAAAAGGAAUAUUCUAACCAGACGACCGUCUUACAGAAAGAUUCUCAACGAUUUAGGUGGAGGAGAAAUUACAGACGGUCGUUUGCCCCCCUUAGAAUCAUCCUCCGAGUGUGAUUCUAACGUGGACAGUGAAGUGUCUUCCCAUUCGCUCCAUUAUCAAACAGUAAUUCCUGCCGGUACUAUUCAAAUUGCGACCCAAGGGGAGGGAGUUCCGGGGCUUCACACGUUAACUAUGAGCAAUGCGGCGACAGCGGGUGGAGCUAUAGUGCAGUAUGCACAGGGCCAGGACACUCAAUUUUUUGUCCCAGCUUAUACAGGUCACGGAGUAGUAGUGGAGGAUGCGGCACGAAAGAGAGAGUUAAGGUUGCUUAAGAACAGAGAGGCGGCACGUGAAUGUAGAAGAAAGAAGAAAGAAUAUAUAAAGUGCUUAGAAAAUCGUGUUGCGGUGCUGGAGAAUAGAAAUCAGACGCUAAUCGACGAACUGAAAUCGUUAAAAGAAUUAUAUCAGCAGAAAACCGACUGAGAUUGGUGUUUAAAACCUGCGCGACAGUGUAUCAAAACUAUUAUCCAGUCGAUGAACCUGUACAUGUCUUGUUUGUGUACAUUAUCCUAAAUGUUGCUAGGGGUAAGCGAUGGUGAUGUACAUGCAUUCUUAUAGAUAUUUCUCUGUAACAUACUGUAUUUAUAAGUACGAAUACGAAGGCUUGUGAAACUUGCUAUUACUAAAGCGGGAAGCCAAAGUUAUAUGAGACAUGGAGGCAGCAAACACGUAGGCAAUAUUUCGUAUAUCAGUCUCUAUUUUGGAUAAAUACAGCGUGUGAUUCACUUAGAAUCUGCGUACUCGAAAUUUCGACCUUAUAGACUGGAACGGUUAAAUCGCAUUAAUAACAUAACUGGCAAAUGAUAUUCGUGUUUGUUUAGCAUCACUGUCUACCGACCGUUUGUACUAGAUGAAGGCGUGUCUUGCUUCAUUAUGACACGCUGCAGUUUAUUUCUCUAAUAUAUACAUAUAGAAAAAAAAUAUACACACAUAUAUAUAUAUAUAUAUAUGAAAGUUCACGCGCUAACCGAAAAUAGCGUUCGACUAUCUAUAUGAAAAGUUUAAAUGUAAAUAAACUCAACAAAAGCCGUGGCUUACAAAUUGUGUACAACAAAUAAUGUUUGAAACAUUUGUGAUUCAUAGAUAUCCGUUUCUCACACACACAAACACACACACACUAGAAAAUAUAAUUUAUCUAGAAGAUAUAUUAUUUUUCAAAAAAUCUUAAUUUUUCUUGUGAAAGAUAACAUUUCGCAAGGUUGUUUUAUCAUUGUAUAUAUAUUAAGCGUAGUCACGUUUCUAUAAACUAUACGAUUUGGGAUUAACUAUCUAUAUAAUAGAUGAUACAAUCGGUAAGAAAAUUGAAACAAAAAUUACUUGUUUAGUGAGCGUUGUACAAUACUGCGUUGCGUUUCCUAUUGAUAUAAAUAAUAUAUUUGUUUCCUGUGCGUGUAAAAACCGUGCCAUGGCGAGACGCGCUUCCAUCUACUGUAAAUAGGUCUUAAUAUACGAUUUGUCGCAAAAUGGAAUUAUACAUGUCUAGUUUCACAAAAGAAAAUUGGGAAGCAGCAUUGAAAAUUAUGUGCUUCUAAUGAAGGCGCUUUAAAAUUGAACGCUUUAUAAGAGUAUCUUGGCAUCAACGUAGAGAAAAAAAAUUGUAAAAGUAGUUACACAUUUGAGUGAUACAAGAAAAAAAAGAAAAAAGAUACUUCUCAUUCUCCUAAUGCCUGCAUCGCCUCUUUCAUUUGCUGUAUAAACGUGCAUACAGGACGUUAUUACGCCGCUUUUAAAACGAGUAAAAUAAUCCUGUUUUACGUCUCGUCAAAAUGCCCCGUUCAUUAAACGCUGGACAACACAACUUGUAAAAUAUGAAUGUAAUAUACAUCUGGAGUGCCUUGAAGAUUUAUGAUACUUGUGAUAUACAUAUACAUAUGUUGGAUACUAAAGAACGCGCAACAUAUGCAUAUGUAUGUAUAUACGUAUGAAGGAAAUUAUGUUGUAGGUAAAUAUGGGUAGAUAUAUAUAUAUAUAUUAUAUGAUAUUUUUAAAGUAUAUUAUUAAUAUAGUUUUAUGUACUUGACACACGCAACUCUAUCACGAGAAUUGUAUUAUUUUUGAGGACUCGUGUCCCCACGUAAUCUCAUUAUCGUCGAGUCGAAAACCAAUUACUGACACAUACUGACACUACGCAAUGUAUUGUGAACGAUACGCGUGGUUUUACCAUGAAAAGAUAACGUUAAAGAUCCAAAUAAAGAGCAUAAUUUUUUUAACAAAAGUCGUUGCAGUUGAUGACAUUGUGAAUUUCAGUUGGUCACUAUUGGCGCAAGUAAUCUUGAAUUCGUAUGGCGCAUUAUCACAAAAAAAAAGAUAUCUACUGACACAUUUUCUAACGCAUACAGUAAUAUGAAAAUUAUUUAUAACAAAGUAGUACGUACCCAAAAAUUCGACGCUGGAUGCAUCGUUUAGAAUUUCAUAUUUUACCGGUCCAUCUCAAUUAUUCGUAGUUUUGUAAUGCUAACGUGCAUAAUGAACAUUGUCAAUUUAUGAAGCAUUGCUUAAAAAAAAAAGAACAAAAGAAGACAGAAUGAAAGAAUUACAGAUAAUAAAUGUGCCGUAUCCUUUA